AUGAGCGGUACCGAACGCCCAGCCAGACGCCCAACUGUGGCCUUGCUGACUGUCCUCAACUUGGACAUCGCGGUCACCGCCAUCGUCCAGUGCAUCCCUGCAGCCAAGGACGUCAACGCCUUCCUCGCUGCGCUGCCGGCCGAUGCGCGUACCCCGACGCUGGCGGCGCUCCAGGAGCUCCUGCGUGACCCCGUGGCGGUCGUGCGGCCCAAACGUUUUGGGCUCCGACGUUUCAAGCGAACGAAGGAGUUCGCGGAGCUCUUGUGGCCUGUCUUGCAGUUGAACGAGCUCACGUUUGCGGGCGCUGCGCUUGCAGUGGAUGCGAUGUCGGUCUUUGCCGCCGUCACGUACUUGCACAACAGCUACUACGACGCCACCCGCCCGUCGAUGGACAGCCUCUUGCGCCGCUGUACCCGUCUCACCAGCGUCAACGUGGGAUCGAAGGUGUCGGUCCUGGACGCGGUCACGACGCCCGCGCACCGUGUCUCGUCCCUCACCCUCGCCAUGGAGGACGCAACAAGAGACGCAGAGACUGCAACAUGCUUGAUGCGUUGGCUCGGGUCUGGCCACGCACAGCACUUGGAGUUUUCGUGUGCUUCGCUGGCGAUGGCGCCAGUGGUGAUGGAGCUCUCCGUGCUCUCCAGCCUCGAUGUCUCGUUCGAGUUUUCCGGGCUCGUUGCGCUGCUCGUUGGAGUCGCGCCAGCGUUCACGCGCCUCACAAGCUUGCGCAUCUCGCAUCAUCAGGCGUCGGCCUCGCUUGCCGUCUCGGAGCUUCUGACGCGCUUCCACGCUGUACCACUUCUAUCGCUCCGCGUCGAGGGCUUUGAUCACGAUGAUACUGCCAUCACUCCCAACGACCAAGACACUACGUAUGCCAAGUCUUUGAGUUAG